AUGGCUGGGCUUGUUGGGUAUGCAAGCUCUGAUGAAGAAGGAGAAGACGAGCAACCUCAACUGCAACAGGAGCCUCCUCAGCCACAUUCAGCCACCAUUGGCCCUGUGCUCCAAAAUGCUGUUCCUUUAGGCCCAUCUCUUCCACCCGCCAAUGUCUCUAUCACCAACACACUUCCAGAGCCCGAUGCUCCACAGGAUUCACCAUCGUCUCCUUACUCAUCCAACCGCGGCUUGAUUCACGAUCUUACCCUCCCCUCCGUCCCCAAUCUCGACAUCCCGCCUUCGCCGCCAGGAUCACCUCCUCCUGGAGCCAACAAAAAAGUCAAACAGUUUCUGGAACUCAAGAAGAAAGGCGUCCACUUCAACUCUAAACUCGAGCAGUCUAGCGCACUGAAGAACCCAUCUUUAAUGGACAAGCUGCUAGACUUUGUCGGUAUCGAUGAAGUGGGCCAGUAUGAGACGACUCUACCGAAGGAGCUGUGGGAUCCAAGGGGGUUUCCAGAAUGGGCAUUUAGAGACAAACUCAGCAAAAGCAGAGAAAAGAUUGCAAAGGAGAAGGAGGCGGACAGAACUGCUGGUGGUCGAACAGCCAUCGACUUUGUUCCAUCGAAUUCUUCAUCGGGCGGAGGCGCGACUGGUUUGCAAGGAGGGAUAAGCACAAGGGGUGAGAAGCGUAAGGGCGGUUGGAAAUGAUGAUUACGAACAGUACAUGGACAAGUUUGGAUACGAAUCGGCCAGCAGACACACCAAAAAGUAGAUUUGGCUCAACAUUAAUGAAUUACACGCCCAUGGGCGGCCCCUAC